UUUUGAGAGACUUUGAGAGUGUUUUAUUAUACAACCAGACACCUUUUUUUGCGAUUUUUACUGCUCAACCUAGUACCCAACACGACGCAGGAAGGACAAGCCAAGCUGAUUUGCUUUGUUUUUGGUCAUUAUUUUUGGAUUUCCUGCUUCUUUUUGCAUUAAAAAGAGUCUUUUUGUUGAUUAUGGCGGCUAUCGGGAUGGUGCAAAUGUUGAUUGAAGCUGCUGAGUAUCUGGAUCGCAGAGAAAGAGAAGCAGAACAUGGGUACGCAUCGAUGUUACCGUUCACCAGCCACAAAGACAGAGAAGGCUCCAAACGGAAAAACAAAAGCAAAAAAAACUGCAGCAGCAGGUCCACACAUAACGAGAUGGAGAAAAACAGACGGGCACAUUUACGACUAUGUUUGGAACGCUUAAAGUCCCUGGUGCCGCUGGGACCGGACUCUAACAGGCACACCACGCUCAGCCUACUAAUGAAGGCCAAGGAACACAUCAAGAGGUUGGAGGAGGGUGAACGUAAGGCACAGCACACAAUAGAUCAGCUGCAGCGGGAGCAGCGGCACCUGCACAGGCGGCUCGAGCAGCUGGGCGUGGAGCGCACGCGCAUGGACAGCAUGGGCUCCACCUUCUCAUCCGACAAAUCCGACUCCGACCAAGAAGACCUGGACGUGGACGUGGAGGGGACCGACUUCCUGCUGGGCGACCUGGAGUGGAGCACCAGCAGCGUGAGCGACUCGGACGAGCGAGGGAGCCUGAGGAGCAGCUGCAGCGACGAGGGUUACUCCAGCGCCAGCCUGCGCCGCCUCGCCAACACUCAGGAGAAAACCAUCAGCCUAUAAAAGCAGAAAAGCACAUCAAA